CUGCCUGAGUCGGCAGCAGGGAAAAGAGAGAGACUCUAACGCAUUAACCCCAGGAGUGGACUCAAAGAAUCUGCAUGUGGCACUGUGGGCCUGCUUGCUGUUCACCCUGAACUGCGCCAUGUAAACCCCCUUUCUGGGACAGCUGCUGUGGAGCCCCGGCCCUGUGUUCAUGACCCUCCAGUGAUGCCUCCCAGUCCCCAGAGGACUGUGGCACCGUGGAUGUCCCUGCAGUGCUAACCUGGGAGAUUACUUCAUUUCCUGGGGCUUCUGUGCUGCCAGGCCUCCAGAGACGGCUCCUGGUGUUAGGGAGAGCGGAGGUACCUGCUCUCUACAGCACUGGACAGGGACUGCCUGAGGAGUGACUCUCUGGCACCAGGCGCUGGGGAGGAGGGAAAGGCACUGGUGCAGCUACGGCAGAGGGGCUGUGGCUAAGAUCUCUCCAGGGAGAAGAUGAAGAUUGUCCAGCUGUACGUUGUGCUGAUUUCAGUGCGGCAUGUCCCUGCCGUGACCUGGCUGUACCUGGCAAAGCAGCCCUCCCUGAGAGGGACUCUACGAGAUUCCCGUGCCUGUGAGGGCUUGAAGGGCCUGGCAGAAGAGCAAGUGCGGAUCUGCCAGCGGCAAGUGGAAGCCAUGGACUCAGUGAAGCGCGGAGCAGAGCUGGCCAUAGAGGAGUGUCAGCACCAGUUUUACAACCGCCGGUGGAAUUGUUCCACGCUGCAGGGACUACAGGUUUUUGGCAAGGUUGCCAUACAAGGCACACGAGAAUCCGCCUUCAUUCAUGCCCUGUCCUCAGCGGGCUUGGCAUUCGCUGUGACCCGGGCCUGCAGCCGUGGGGAGCUGGAGAAGUGCGGGUGUGAUCGUAAAAUCCGUGGGGUCAGCUUGGAAGGCUUCCAGUGGUCGGGCUGCUCUGACAACCUACCCUAUGGAAUUGCCUUUUCUCAAGCCUUCGUGGAUAACCCCGAGCGGAGCCGGGGCGUCUCCUCCAGCCGAGCGCUCAUGAAUCUGCACAACAAUGAGGCUGGGAGGAAGGCCAUCCUGUCCCACAUGAAGGUCGAGUGCAAGUGUCAUGGAGUGUCAGGUUCCUGUGAGGUCCGCACCUGCUGGAAGGUGAUGCCCCCCUUCCACAAGGUGGGAAGUGUCCUGAAAGAAAAAUUUGAGGGGGCCACAGAGGUGCAGCCCAAGCGGGUUGGUUCCCGCAAGCUCCUGGUGCCCAAGAGCUCCCGCUUCAAACCCUACACAGCUCACGAUCUGGUCUACUUGAUGGCCAGCCCAGAUUUCUGUGUCCGGGAUCCCCGCAGUGGGGUUCCUGGCACCACUGGACGCCAGUGCAACCGGACAUCCCAUGCCACGGACGGCUGCGAGCUGCUGUGCUGUGGGCGGGGCUUCCGCACGGCCCAGGCCGAGGUGGUGCAGAGAUGCAGCUGCAAGUUCCACUGGUGCUGCUCUGUCACGUGCAAGCAGUGCCGCCACCUGCUGGAGGUGCACACCUGCCAGUGA